CCAUGAAGUACUUGGGAGCUUAUCUUCUCGCCACCCUCGGUGGAAAUGCCUCCCCAUCUGCACAAGAUGUCCUUAAGGUCCUCGAAGCCGGAGGUCUCGACUGCGACAUGGAGAACGCCAACUCCGUCGUCGAUGCCCUCAAGGGAAAGACUAUCUCCGAGGUUAUCGCCCAGGGCAAGGUCAAGCUCAGCUCGGUCCCAUCAGGCGGAUCUGCCCCAGCUGCUGCCGCCCCAUCAGGAGGAGCCGCACCAAAAGCCGAAGAGAAGAAGAAGGAGGAGCCAAAGGAGGAAUCCGACGACGACAUGGGCUUCGGUCUCUUCGACUAAAUGUGUUGUUAAAGUUGUUAUUCGUCAUUCAAUGAACGAUUUAAAAAAAUUUGCUCGAAAGUCGCGAUGUAGAAUUGUUUGAAACUUUGGGGAAAAUGCCGUUAUAUGAAUUUAUCUAAUUUU